AGCCGGAGUGGGUAGGGCGGGGAAAACCUCCUAGACUUUUCCGCCUUCCAGCCCAUAACCCCGAGUGCCCACACACUGUGGCGACAGGGGUGACGGUGACGGAGAGGAUCUCCGGGACGCAGGGGUGGCGAGGCCUGGGGGAGGGGUGGAGCGCGGAGGAGGCUGCGGUCCCGCCUCCCCCACCGCAGGGCCGGGCGCAGUGUCCGGCGAGCCCAGUGGUUAGCGAUGUCGCUGCUGUCGCUGCUGCCACCGCUGCUGCCGCUGCUGCUGGCGGUGCCGGCGGGCUCCGCCGAGGGCGCGGCGGUGGCACUCACCCCCGAGCGGCUUCUCGAGUGGCAGGAUAAAGGGAUCUUCAUUAUCCAAAGUGAGAACCUCGAGAAAUGCAUUCAAGCUGGCAAAUCUACACUGACCCUGGAGAGUUGCAAACCACCCAACAAGUACAUGCUGUGGAAGUGGGUUUCAAACCACCGCCUCUUUAACAUUGGAGGCAGCGGCUGCCUGGGCCUGAAUGUGUCUAAUCCAGAGCAGCCACUGAGCAUAUACGAGUGUGAUUCCACCCACAUUUCCUUGAAGUGGCGCUGUAACAGGAAGAUGAUCACAGGCCCGCUCCAGUACAUGGUCCAGGUGAAGCACGACAACACGCUUGUGGCCUCCUGGAAAUAUCUUCAUAAGUGGGUUUCCUAUACGUCAGGCGGUGGAGGCAUUUGUGAAUAUCUGCACAAAGAUUUGUAUACAAUCAAAGGGAACGCCCACGGGACACCGUGCAUGUUUCCCUUCCAGUAUAACCGGCAGUGGCAUCAUGAAUGUACCCGGGAAGGGCGGGAAGACAACUUGCUGUGGUGUGCAACGACCAGCCGAUACGAAAGAGAUGAGAAGUGGGGAUUUUGCCCAGAUCCCACAUCUACAGAGGUGGGUUGUGACGCUGUCUGGGAGAAGGAUCUCAAUUCACACAUUUGCUACCAAUUCAACCUGCUUUCCUCCCUCUCCUGGAGCGAGGCACACUCUUCAUGCCAGAUGCAAGGAGGCGCUUUAUUAAGUAUUGCAGAUGAGACUGAAGAAAAUUUCGUAAGGAAGCACUUUGGCAGUGAAGCAGUGGAAGUAUGGAUAGGUCUGAAUCAGCUAGAUGAAAAUGCUGGUUGGCAGUGGUCUGAUAGAACACCACUCAACUAUCUGAACUGGAACCCAGAAAUAAAUUUUAAGCCAUUUGUUGAAUAUCACUGUGGAACAUUUAAUGCAUUUAUGCCAAAUGCCUGGAGAAGUCGGGAUUGUGAGUCCACUUUGCCUUACAUAUGUAAAAAAUAUCUAAACCAUACGGAUCAUGAAGUAGUUGAAAAUGAUGCUUGGAAAUAUUAUGCUACCCACUGUGAGCCUGGCUGGAAUCCCCACAAUCGUAAUUGCUAUCAACUUCAGAAAGAAAAAAAGACCUGGAAUGAAGCUUUGCAUUCUUGCCAGUCCAAUAACAGUGCAUUAAUAGACAUAAAUUCGUUAGCAGAAGUGGAGUUUCUUGUAACCCUCCUUGGAGAUGAAAAUGCAUCAGAAACAUGGAUUGGUUUGAGCAACAAUAAAAUUCCAGUUUCCUUUGAAUGGUCUGAUGGCUCCUCAGUCAUCUUUACUAAUUGGCACACACUUGAGCCCCAAAUUUUUCCAAAUAGAAGCCAGCUAUGUGUCUCAGCAGAGCAAUCUGAGGGACACUGGAAAGUUAAAAAUUGCAAAGAAACACUUUUUUACGUUUGUAAGAAAACAGGCCAUGUCCUUUCUGACACUGAAUCAGGUUGCCAAAAGGGAUGGGAGAGACAUGGUGGAUUCUGUUACAAAAUUGACACCGUCCUUCGAAGCUUUGACCACGCCUCCAGUGGUUACUACUGUCCUCCUGCACUUGUAACCAUUACAAACAGGUUUGAACAGGCUUUUAUUACCAGUUUGAUCAGUAGUGUGGUAAAAACGAAGGACACUUAUUUUUGGAUAGCUCUUCAAGAUCAAAAUGAUACAGGAGAAUACACUUGGAAGACGGCAGGGCAGAAGUCAGAGCCGGUGAAGUACACACACUGGAAUGCACGUCAGCCCCGCUACAGUGGUGGCUGUGUUGUCAUUCGAGGAAGGAGUCCCCCUGGUCGCUGGGAAGUGAAGGACUGUAGACACUUUAAGGCAAUGUCCCUGUGCAAGCAACCAGUGGAAAAUCAGGAGAAACCUGAGCAAGAAGAGAGACGGCCCUUUUCCCCCUGCUAUUUGGAUUGGGAGUCAGAGCCUGGCCUGGCCAGUUGCUUCAAGGUAUUUCAUAGUGAAAAAGUUCUGACGAAAAGAACAUGGAGAGAAGCUGAAGAGUUUUGUGAAGAAUUUGGAGCUCAUCUUGCAAGCUUUGCCCAUAUCGAGGAAGAGAAUUUUGUGAAUGAGCUUUUACAUUCAAAAUUUAAUCGGACAGAAGAAAGGCAGUUCUGGAUUGGAUUUAACAAAAGAAACCCACUGAAUGCUGGCUCUUGGGAGUGGUCUGAUGGAACUCCUGUUGUCUCUUCAUUUCAAGACAAUAAUUAUUUUGGAGAAGAUGCAAGAAACUGUGCUGUUUAUAAGGCGAAUAAAACGUUGCUACCCUCAUACUGUGGUUCCAAACGUGAAUGGAUAUGCAAAAUUCCAAGAGAUGUGAGACCCAAGAUUCCACCCUGGUACCAGUAUGAUGCACCCUGGCUCUUUUAUCAGGAUGCAGAGUACCUUUUUCAUACCUCUGCCUCGGAAUGGUCCUCCUUUGAGUUUGUCUGUGGCUGGCUGCGCAGUGAUAUUCUCACUAUUCAUUCUGCACGUGAACAAGAAUUCAUCCACGGCAAAAUAAGAGCGCUAUCAAAGUAUGGUGUAAACUGGUGGAUUGGACUUCGAGAAGAAAGAGCCAAUGAUGAAUUUCGCUGGAGAGAUGGAUCACCAGUAAUAUACCAGAACUGGGACAAUGGAAAAGAAGAAUCCAUGAUUAAUCAGAGCCAGAGAUGUGGCUUCAUUUCAUCCAUAACAGGACUCUGGGCUAGUGAAGAGUGUUCAGUUUCUAUGCCUAGCAUCUGUAAGCGAAAAAAGUUUUGGAUCAUAGAGAAAGAGAAAGAUACACCAAAAAAACAUGGAACAUGUCCCAAAGGAUGGUUAUAUUUUGACUAUAAGUGCCUUUUGAUGAAAAUCCCCAAAGACCCAAGCGAUUGGAAGAACUGGACAUCUGCUCAAGAUUUUUGUGUUGAAGAAGGGGGGACACUUGUCGCCAUUGAAAAUGAGGUGGAACAAGCUUUCAUUACUAUGAAUCUUUUUGGCCAUACCACUAAUGUGUGGAUAGGGUUACAAAAUGAUGAUUAUGAAAAAUGGCUAAAUGGAAGGCCCGUGUCAUAUUCUAAUUGGUCCCCAUUUGAUAUAGUAAAUAUUCCAAGUCAUAACACCACCGAAGUUCAAAAACGCAUUCCUCUCUGUGCCUUGCUGUCAAAUAAUCCUAAUUUUCAUUUCACUGGAAAAUGGUAUUUUGAAGACUGUAGAGAAGAAGGUUAUGGGUUUGUUUGUGAAAAAAUGCAGGAUACUCCUGGACACAGUAUAAAUACAUCUGAUAUGUAUCCAAUCCCCAAUACCUUAGAAUAUGGAAACAGAACUUACAAAAUAAUUAAUGCAAAUAUGACUUGGUAUACAGCACUAAAAACCUGCCUGAUGCACGGAGCAGAACUGGUCAGCAUUACAGACCAGUACCACCAGUCUUUCCUCACUGUUAUCCUCAACCGGCUAGGACAUGCCCACUGGAUUGGACUGUUCACUGAAGAUAAUGGUCUUAAUUUUGACUGGUCAGAUGGCACCAAAUCUUCCUUCACUUUUUGGAGAGACGAUGAGUCAUCCUUCCUGGGUGACUGUGUUUUUGCCGACACCAGUGGACACUGGAGUAGCACAGCCUGUGAGUCAUAUCUGCAAGGAGCCAUUUGUCAUGUGCCAACAGAAACAAGACCAUUUGGAUACCCAGAGUUGUGCUCAGAAACAUCUAUUCCCUGGAUAAAAUUCAAAAGUAAUUGCUACAGUUUUUCUACAGUCUUAGACAGUACGAAUUUUGAGGCUGCUCAUGAAUUUUGCAAAAAGGAAGGAUCUAAUCUUUUAACAAUCAAAGAUGAAGCUGAAAAUUCAUUUCUCCUAGACCAGCUUUUAGCUUUCAGUUCUUCUGUCCAGAUGGUUUGGCUGAAUGCUCAGUUUGAUGGUGACAAUGAAACCAUAAAGUGGUUUGAUGGAACUCCUGCAGACCAGUCAAACUGGGGUAUUAAGAAGCCAGAGAUGGACCACGUCAAACCCCAUCUGUGUGUUGCCCUGAGGAUUCCCGAAGGAGUGUGGCAGUUAUCCUCAUGUCAAGACAAAAAAGGAUUUAUAUGUAAAAUGGAAGCAGGACCAAGUCACAGCAUUAUACCCCUUGCAGUAGCAGUGACACUGAUAGUAAUUCUGGCGAUUUCCACACUUUCCUUCUGCAUAUACAAGCACAAUAGUGGUAUCUUCAGGAGACUUGCACAGUUUGGAAAUCCUUACUAUCCUGCAACCAACUUUAGUACAGUACAUUUAGAGGAAGAUAUUCUCAUUUCUGAUCUUGAGAAGAAUGACCAAUAAUAAUGAAGUGAGAGGAUGCCACGGCCAUGAGAAUGAGUAAAGAAGAGUACUUUCCUUUACAGACCAGACGCCGCUCUAAUGUGAAUCGUGUCACCAUUUUAAUUGUUCUUAAAAUGAUUACUGGUUUUGAAUUGUAACCAAAUCAGACAGGUGUUCAUUUAUUCAUUUCCUCGAACUGUGAUCUAUUCUUUAAAAGGGGAGAUUUUACAAUGGCUAUUCUUCAGAAAACAAAAACUAUUAAAAGAAACUCCCAAAUGAAAGCUCUCAAACCAAUGUGAAUAAUAGUUUUUGCAUUAAUAUGCUUCUACCAAAAAUUUUUGGGAAUUUUAAAACUAAUCUGAUAUCUAUUCAGACAUUUACCAAUACUCAUUCCAUUAAAAGAGAGAGACAGAGAAAAGCAAAACAAAUUUUAAAGUCCUACACUUGUAUAAGAGAGAAAAAAGAAAAGGCUUUUGAGAGGUUUCUUGUUUGUUUUUUAAUUUGAUCAGAUUAACAGCAGGGUUUGGAAAACACUAAUUUCUAAGCUUAAAACUCACAGGUUCUGGGCUCUAUACUAGUAUUUAGGGUGACAUUCAUUUUAUUAGUUCUGACUUCUCAAACUAAAGGAGAAGAAAAAUAACCUUUCUUUAAAUAGUAAAAAUCUUGGUUAGCAGCACAAUUUCAUAAGCAACCAUGCAAUGUGGCCUAAAAUCAUCAAUUACUAAAUGAUGACAAAGUUGGAUAGUUAAAAAGAUCUUAUAGAUAGGCUCAGAGGAACUUAUUGUGAUCCUAAUAUUGUUAAAAUUCACGAGCUUUAUCAAAGACUAAAGGUAUAAAAUGUAUACCACUCCUAACAACCAAAAGAUAUAAAAUGUAACUUGAAUUUAAAGGGGAAAAAUGAAAGAUGUGAAUUACAGUUUCAUUAGAACAAGACAAGUACUAAAUAAAUUACUCUCCAGUAGUAAUCUAGAUACCUUUGCUAUAUAAAGGGAGGGGAGUUCUACUGAGUAAACUAUGGUUUGGGGGAACCAACUCCAUUUGCAUUGGGCUAGUUCAUGCAGUCAGUAAAAAAUGAUUAAAAGUAUGAUACUAUCCAUAAAUUAAAACUCACAGAUUUGAUCUUCCUUCAUUAAUUUCUUAUAAAGAAAAAGGACUUCAAAAUCAAUGUUCAAAAGUUUACUCAUUGUGUAAAUGUUUAUUGAGUUCCUGUUAAGAACCAAGAGCCAUUCUAGAAAUUGGAGGUAUUGGGGCGAGCACUUAUUUUCGAAUGAAGGAAAACCAACAGUAAACCAGUAAAGAAAUGCAUAAGAAGAAAAUAUCAGGUGGUCAUGAAAAUUAAGUAAGGUCCUGUGAUAGAGAGAAACUGGGGGAGUCUCCCUAGAGUGUGCAUUUUAGUUAUUACAACCAGCUGCCUCAAAACUGGUGGCAAGUAGUCACAAGACGGAGCUUGGGAGAAAGUAUGAAUAAGUUUCUAAGUGGAAAACUAUCAUCAUUAGAAAUACAGUUUGAAGAACGUGUCCUAAGAAUGAAGUCCUUGCGGCCUGAAACAAUUAAUACAGCUUCCAAAAGCAGCUCUUUGCUACUGGUGUGCAGUUUACACACUGAGACAAUCUACUUCCACAAUUUUGUUUGUUUGGGGACUUUAUUUUUUUUUAAGAUAUUACAUUAUGUGACAGUUGUAUAUUUAUGACUCAAAAGAAAAAUUGGCUUGGACUAACCAGAUGUUAUAAAAGCUCAAUUUAAUCAUCUGUCAAGUGAAAUUAAAGUUCUGUUCUUUUUAGUGGACUUGGCAAAAACUGCUAAUCAAUUAUCCUUCCAGUCAAGGUAUAUUGAAGUUGAAUAGUCAGUCACACAUAAAAAUUUGACAAAGUACGUCAUUAGUAAAGUGGUUUUGCAGGAAAAAAAACUGUACUGCUUGUCAGUGCUCUGUACCUUGAUAUUUAGUAUUGAACCACAUCCUAAUGGACAGAUCAUGCGCUGCUUCCCAUUACUGAAAUUUCAGAAAUAGGAAUGACUGAAAUACUGUUUUAUUCACAUACGUGCACUUUUAAAAACUUUCUUCCACAACAGUUUUUAAUCUGAGCUAGAUUUCAUGCUAUACAUGAAAAGAAAAAAGUAGCAGGGUCACAAACUCAUUCACACACAAUUAAUGUGCCCCCUCCAAAAAACAGUCAAUUAUUUUCUAUAACGCUGAGUAAAAGAAACUCUUGGAUUUUUCCAAUUGAAGGUAUACUGGGCUCUUCCAAUUCCAACAGUCUUCUUUCAGUUUAAAUGUUUCUUCUAUUGAAAGUUCCACUCCCUAUCAAGGGUGCAUUACAUGGUCUCAUUAGAUAAACAUUCAGUCUUCCGGAGUUUCCAUUCCCUCCUCAAAAUGGUGGUUGGAUGUAUGAGAACUUGUUGUGUCCUUGUGGUACGGGGGGGAGUAGGUGAUAACUGACUGUGGCUGUGUUAUCUGGUGUCCACUGAUGGUAGUUGUCUGGCCCACACCUGGGAAUUCUACUGGCAUCUCUAUGAAGUCUGUAUCUGGUGUAACCUGUAGUCUAGUCUCUUUGGACUGGCCCCAUCCUGGCUUUCCCUGGCAUUGCCUUAUCCCUGGCUGUGACUCCCAUUCAAUUCCCCACCUGGACAUUACAGUUCUUGGCAAUAAGGCCAUGUCACCUCUGCAGCACUAUCAGUUACUCCCUUGGUCAGGGGAGGCUUAAUAUGGGACCAAACAAUCCCAAAAUCUCAUUGGCUUAACACAGCAAAGGUUUAUUUUUCAUCCACACCAACAUGGGCUUGCAGGAAGACUUUGCUCUAUUCAGUUAUUCAUGGGUCCAGGCUCCUCCUAAAUAGUAGGUCCUCCAUCUCCUAAGGCCUUGGUUUCCUCAGUGGGUCCCCUACCCCUGCCUGACAGAAGAAGUUAGAGAUCUAUCUUCAAUUAAUUAUGUAGCUUCCAUGGGCUAUGGAAAUACAUUCUCUAAGUUAACAGUCUUUAAAUUGAGCAUAUGCACCCUGUGGAUACAUAAAGACUUCCAAGGGAUACAGGGGCAUGGAUAUUUUUAAGGAGCUCAGUUUCCAGACUCAUUAACCUUUUUAUAUAUUCUUUCUUAGAAUUGACUUGCCUGAGAUCAAGGUGUCAUGCUGGUUCUUCUUUCCCACCUCUUUUUGUAGAAAUGUCCUUUUCUACCUCAAAAAAAAAAAAAAAGACAUGUCUUUUACUCCAAAUAUUAUGAUGAUGCCUUCUCUUGGUAAAAUCCUCCAUGGCACCAGACAAAGACAAAAUUUCAAAAUAAUGAUGUCAGUGAAACUUCUUUUAACAAAGGAAUUUAUAAACGCAUGUAAAUUCUCAUGUCCUCCUCUGUUUUCAUACAUUUUUCUGUUAAGGAUGAAGUGGUGAAUUAGGAAAGGGUUAUUUUGCCCCAUGUUAGGAUAGUCUAAAUUAAUAUGCAUUGUGUAUAUAUAUAUAUAUAUAUAUAUAUAUAUAUAUAUAUAUAAACAGCAGGAAAGAUAACUGCCUUCCUUUGAGACUUUAUCUCAUCCGGCCCCUGUCUAUUAUGAAAGACUAUUUCUAGAGAGAAAAUCUAGGGAAAGCAAAGUAAAGACAGUGCAACUAUUGAUAAGACCCUGAUGUGUUACUUUAUCUGGGCUAAGAACUCAUAGCAAGACUUUGCGCUUUAUUUAUCUUAGAUUUUUAACUGAGAUUUGGGGAUGAGUAUUAUCAUGCUUAUUUGAAUUGAAAAAUGAAAUCAGACUUUUUUGAACAUUGUCUUAUUUGGAUCAUUUCUUUGACAAUGAAGAUUGGCUUUACCAAUUAAGUUUUAUGAUGAACAUUUUCAUUAAAUUGGAUGAACUAUAUGUGCAACUCCAGUGUUCUGAUUAAAACAUGUAUUAAUAUAAAGACAUUUUAAUAGAAAAGUAGUAUCAACAAAAGUAUGAUAAAAUUAACAAUGUUUUAUUUUUCCAAACCUUACUUUGUAUGCCAGGUAAAGCAAGGUGCCCAUAAGUGAAAGAGUAACAGGCAAAAUUGAUAGUCAUUUUAAAAAGGAGUAGAGAACUCAAGUUUCUGGGUCUAGAAACACAACACGGCACUUCCACUCACAUACCAUUGGCCAGAGUUAGUCACAGGGUCCAUCCUAACUGCAAGGAAGUCUGGGAGGUCUCCCGGUGUGCUCAGGAAGGAGAGGUUAAUGGACUACAGUGAGCCCCAGCAAUCUCUGCCAGAUUUUCUCAGCACAUAUAGCUACAAAAGAAAGGGAGCGGGGGAAUAGAAUUCAUGCUGAAUCCUGGCUCAUUCUAGCAAUUUUUAAUUAAUAUUAAUUAAUUUCUUCUAUGAUACAUCCAUUUCAUUAAGAGAUGCAUUACCUAUAACAUUUUAGUUUUAUAUAUACUGAUUAUUUAUUAACCAUUGUAAUAUAUUCAUGUUGGUCUGAUCAACUGUGUGCUGAUAGUAAUUGAAAUGGCAACUCAAUACAGAAGAAAAUGUAUAACACUGCCUAUGUUCACAGGGAAAUUUUUAAAAAUAAUUUUAACUUAUAUACAUAUUUUACUACAGGCAAAUAUGGCAAGGAAAUGAAUAAAACAGUUUCAAGAAUAAAAAUAUUAGGAUAAAAUUCCGUGUGGAGAUUAGAAUGGAUAUACAAGACUAAACAGAAAAAGAAACAAGACUCUCUGACUGCUAAGAGCUUGUUUCUGUGUCUUUCUAUCUUUAAAUAGACUGUGAUAGAAUUCAAAUUAUCAUGGUAUCACCAAUCAAAAGAAAUAGGGCUCCUUGGUGAAGUGGUUGAUUCCAGGUCUGGGGCAGGAAAAAUACAAGAUGAAACUGAAAUAUCUUGCGAUGCUAGAAAGUAAGGAAAUGCUUACAAAAAGAUGGGGUCAUGUCCAAAGGACAUAGGACUAACCUGAAGGAGUUCCCAAUGGCCAAAUUUGGAACACUUUGAGAAGCAAAAUAAAAAUAGUAUUGGAUUUUAAGCAUAGAAUAAAUAUCUAUGAAUCCAUAUUAAUGUAAAUAAAUAAAUGAAUGAAUAAAUAAGUAAAUCGGGGAGAAGCAACAGUUCUUUUCUACAGAAGAAUCCCAAUUAAAAAAAAUGUAGAAGGAGGGGCUUCCCUGGUGGCGCAGUGGUUAAGAAUCUGCCUGCCAAUGCAGAGAACACGGGUUCGAGCCCUGGUCUGGGAAGAUCCCACAUGCCGCGGAGCAACUAAGCCCGUGAGCCACAACUACUGAGCCUGUGCGUCUGGAGCCUGUGCUCCGCAACGGGAGAGGCUGCGACAGUGAGAGGCCCGCGCACCGCGAUGAAGAGCGGCCCCCGCUUGCCACAGCUGGAGAAAGCCCUCGCACAGAACCGAAGAGCCAACACAGCCAAAAAUAAAUUAAUAAAUUAGUUAAUUUUAAAAAAAUGUAGAAGGAAUGACAGAAAAAUCACCAUUAGGAAAACACAACAGUAAUAAUUGUUACAGGCAAGAUCCACCAGUGGGUGCUAAAAUUCGUGGAUGAACAUUUAAGGAGAAAUGGGAAAUUUUCAUAGCUUUCAAAUAGUGCCUCCAAAAUAGUCAUUAAUUACAACUGGAAAGUACUAACUUUACAAUGGAGAAAACUCUUUAAUCAUGUAAUCAAGGUUAACUUAAGCAGUAAUAAGCCACAUCAGCAUCAUGUAUCCUCUAGUAUGAUGCCCUGAGAAGGGCACAUGACUUUUUUGGUAUCCACCCCAAAAUAAUGUAUAAUCCCAAUUUAACAAUAAAAAAUAUCAGACAAAUCCGAAUUGACGAACAUUACACAAAAUAACUGAUGACUUCAGCAGUGUCCAGGUCAUGAAAGAUAAGGAAAGAUUGAGGAAAUGUCACAGAUUGGAGGAGAAUAAGGAGACAUGACAACUAAAUGCAAAGUAGAAUCCUGGAUUGGAUCCUGGAAUGGAAAAUGCACGUUAUGGAAAAAUAUGAAAUUAAAAUCUAUAGUUAGUAGUGCUGUAUCAGUAUUAAUUUCUUAGUUUUAAUGAUUGUACUAUGUUUAUAUAUGUACCAUUAGAGGAAGUUGGGUGAAUGGUGUAUAGGAAUUCUCUGUACUGUGUUGGCAAAUUUUCUGUAAAUCUAAAAUUAUUUCAAAAUAAAAAGUUAAAAAUC